CAUUAGUGCAAACACAAACACAAACAUAUAAUCUAAGCCAGAUGGGUUCCAAGGCAGCAGCUCAUAAACGCCAUGUUGUUUGUGUUCCAGCUCCAGCUCAAGGUCAUAUCAAGGCAAACCUCAAAUUUGCAAAGCUCCUCCACCAUAGAGGUGUUCAUGUAACCUUUGUCAACACAGAGUUCAACCACAACCGCUUUCUAAAAUCUCUUGGACCCAACUCCCUUGACGGGUUGCCUGAUUUUCGAUUUGAAACUAUUCCUGAUGGCCUUCCAGCUGGUUCAGAUCAAGAUGCAACCCAAGAUGUCUCUUUGGUUGCUGAUUCCAUCCGCAACAAACUCUUGGCCCCGUUUCGAGACCUCCUUAUGAAACUCGAUGACAGAUCAACUUCCAACAGUGAUAUCAAUCCUCCAGUGACUUGCGUUGUUUCAGAUGGUUUCAUGCCAUUCACAACCACAGCUGCAGAAGAAAUUGGAGUUCCUGUAGUGCUUUUGUUCACUAUUGCUGCAUGCAGCUUCAUGGGCUGUAAGCAAUUCCCUGCUUUGGUGGAAAAAGGUCUUGCCCCACUCAAAGAUGAGAGCUGUUUGACAAAUGGCUUCUUGGACAAGGUAAUAGAUUGGAUUCCAGGAAUGAAAGGUAUUCGUUUGAGGGAUCUACCCACGAAUUUUCGAACUACAGAUCCCAAUGACAUCUUGUUUAACUUCGCCCUGGAAUCAAUUGAAAGAGUUCAUAAAGCUUCAGCAGUUGUGCUUCAUACUUUUGACGCAUUGGAGCCAGAUGUUUUGAAUGCUUUGUCAUCUAUGCUUCCACUUGUUUAUGCCAUUGGGCCUGACCAAUUACUUCUCAAUCAAUUACCAGAAGACCCUUUGAAGCAUAUUGGAUACAGUUUAUGGAAAGAAGAAACUGAAUGCCUUGAAUGGCUAAAAUCCAAGACACCAAAUUCAGUUGUGUAUGUGAAUUUUGGCAGCAUAGCCGUCCUGACACCACAACAACUUGUUGAGUUUGGAUGGGGACUUGCAAAUAGUAAGCUUCCUUUCUUUUGGGUCAUUAGGCCUGAUUUGGUUGUUGGUGAAUCAGCAAUUUUGCCACCUGAGUUUGUAGCUGAAACAAAGGAAAGAGGUCUAAUAGCAAGUUGGUGCCCACAAGAGCAAGUCCUUAACGACCCAUCCGUCGGAGGUUUUUUGACACACGGCGGUUGGAAUUCAACCAUUGAGAGUUUGUGUGCAGGAGUGCCUAUGCUUUGUUGGCCAUUCUUUGCAGACCAACAAACAAACUGUUACUAUGUUUGCAAUGAAUGGGGAAUUGGCUUGGAGAUCAACAAUGAUGUCAAGAGAGACCAAGUAGAGAAGCUUGUUAAAGAGUUAAUGGAAGGAGAGAAGGGUAAGAAAAUGAAAAAUAAGGUCAUGGAGUGGAAGAAACUAGCAGAAGAAGCUACCAGUCCACAUGGUUCUUCAUCCACAAACUUAGACAAUUUAGUGAAUCAAGUGAUCUUAAGAACCUAGAUUAUUUUCAUUAAAGUUUUGAUCCUAUGUACCAUUACGCCUCUUCUCUCUCUAGGAACCUACAGCGGCCGCCGCCACUUUUGGGGUUCGGUGGCUGGCUCCCCCUCCUCCCUCGAUCCCUUCUCCUCUCCUAUCCUCCCCUCAUCCCCUCCCCUACUCCUUUCCCAGCUCUUCCCCUUUCCUCUCCUCUUUUCUUCUCUCCAUCUUUCUGUUACGAUAUCAAAUCUCAAUCAUAGGAGUAGAUUGCUGCAGACCCUUAAUUGAUUCUGUUUCCUUCUCUAGUCCAGCAAUCCCUGUAGUUUAGGCUGUAGUUAUUAUUUCUUUCCAUAUAUGUUUCUGUACAAUUUGCUAUAUAUCUUUGUAAUUGUUAUGACUAAAUACGCAAGUAAUAUACAUCAGAUUA